AUGUGUCGUAGUCACCACUUAACUGCUCACAAGCACAUCCAUACUGGAGAGCAACUAUAUCACUGCGAUGUCUGUGGUAAAUCAUUUACACACAAAAGCAGCCUCACUGUACACAAACAGGUUCAUUCAGGAUUGAAACUAUAUCACUGUGAUAUCUGUGGUAAACCAUUCUCUCAAAGUAGUAAAGUUACUCUUCACAAACGCAUUCAUACAGGCUAUGAAUUAGCUACACACAAACUUAUUCAUACAGGCAAGAAAUCCUAUCAUUGUGAUAUCUGUGAUAAAUCAUUCUCCGUGAAAGUUAGAACUAAUUUAGCUACCCAUAAACGUAUUCAUACAGGUGAGAAACCAUAUCAGUGUGACAACUGUGAUAAAUCUUUCUCUUGCAAAAGUAAUUUAACUCUUCACAAACGUACUCAUACAGAUUAUCAGAUGACCUCUGCAUCACAGAAUUUUUAUAUAAACAAUGUCAUUCGUAUUGAAUGUCUUUUAAAGACUGAGCAAAAGAUGUUAUACAUAACACGUAUAGAUCAGUAG